AUGAUCGUCCCAGGCCCAACAACAACCCACUCAGAGUCUCUUCUUCCCGCCAAUGUCCCUAACGACAUCGUCUACGCCCCGCUCUCCUCCUGGGAAAAGCACACCCUCAGCAUCUACCAACCUACUUCUCCAAAAGGCAACACCGUCCCUCCGUCCCUGAUCGUCUUUGUACAUGGAGGCGCAUGGAGAACAGGCGACAAGUCCAGCUUCAUCGACCUUGCCCAGAACCUCGCCAACUCCACCGGGGACAUUGUCGCCGUCGUCAACUACACCCUCUCUAUCGCCGACAUCAAGGACGACCCCACCUCGGUUCCUGCCAGGGCACGUCACCCCAAACACGUCCAGGAUGUCGCCACCGCCCUGGGAUACCUCUACACCCACGCCGCCGAGCAUGGAAACUACAACCCCGAUCGUCUGAUCUUGGUCGGACACUCUGCCGGAGGACAAAUCACCGGCCUGUUGGCCCUGCGCCCAGACCUCUAUCUGGAACCCGUCGAGACAGACCUGAGACUGCCAAGGGGCACCCUUCACAAGGCCAUUCGUGGUGUCGUCGGUGUCGAGGGCAUCUACAAUGUCGAUCGUCUGUUGAAGGUUUGGCCGGAUUAUCGCGACUUUGUAGUUCAGGGCUUUGGAGAGGACCCUGAAGCGCUGAUUCAUGGAUCUCCCGAUAAACAGUCUGUCCCCAAUGCUGCUGAGACUGUAUUUGUUCUCCCACGCUAUGCGGUUAUUCAUUCACACCAGGACACACUUGUCGACCCGGCACAGGCUAAUGACUACUUUUCACACCUCCAGUCGGUUGCCGGUGAAGCUGGCAAGGAUAAUGUCGUGAUUGAGUUUGGAGACUGGGGCACACAUGACGACAUGCUCCAGACUCCGCAGUUCACGAAGACAAUCACCAAGUAUGUCCAGCACUGGUCAAAAGUCUAA